CCCAAAGAAGCUCAAAUUGCCGCUCUAACCCAUAGGGACUCCAAAGCGCCGGGAAGCCAGAAAACUGCGCGCGCGGAGACAGCUCCGCCUACAGGGAGAGGAGAGGGUGCACACGGUGGAGCAGUUAAACACCUACAGCCAACUGGGCCUAGUCAAGGUUGUGCGCAUGCACAAGUGCUCCAGCUCGUUUACCGGAAGACGCUUAGGUGCUGCUCUAGCCCUCCAGGCGCCAUCUUGAGAGUUUUGUUGGUGAUGACGGAACGCGGGGGCGGUGCCGGCGGGACAAGAUGGCGGCGCCCAUGGAGGUGGCUGUAUGUACGGACUCGGCGGCGCAGCUGUGGAGCUGCGUGGUGUGGGAACUGCACUCGGGCGCUAACCUACUCACGUACCGCGGCGGCCAAGCCGGACCGCGAGGCCUCGCGCUUCUCAAUGGCGAGUACCUACUGGCGGCGCAGCUCGGCAAGAACUACAUCUGCGCCUGGGAGCUGCAGCGCAAGGACCAGCUCCAACAGAAGAUCAUGUGUCCUGGGCCAGUCACCUGUCUGACCACGGCCCCUAAUGGCUUGUAUGUUGUGGCAGGAAUCGCAGAGAGUAUCUACCUGUGGGAGGUGUCCACAGGGAACCUUCUGGUCAUCCUGAGCCGUCACUACCAGGACGUGUCAUGCCUGAAGUUCACGGGUGACAGCAGCCACUUCAUCUCGGGGGGCAAGGACUGCCUGGUGCUGGCCUGGAGCCUUUGCAGUGUGCUGCAGGCUGACCCAUCCAGGAUCCUUGCCCCAAGGCAUGUCUGGUCCCGCCACACACUUCCCAUCACAGACCUGCACUGCGGCUUUGGGGGCCCCUUGGCCCGGGUGGCCACUGCUUCACUGGACCAGACCAUAAAGCUCUGGGCUAUCUCCUCGGGCGACCUGCUUCUGUCUGUGCUGUUUGACGUGGGUAUCACCUCUCUGACCAUGGACCUGGCUGAGCACCAUGUGUUCUGUGGAGGCAGUGAUGGCUCCAUCUUCCAAGUGGACCUGUGCAGCUGGCCAGGACAGAAGGAACGCAGCUUCCAGCCUGAGCAGGACACAGGAAAGGUUUUCAAGGGACACAGGAACCAGGUGACGUGCUUGUCUGUGUCUAUGGAUGGCAGUGUGCUGCUCUCGGGAUCCCAUGAUGAGACAGUGCGGCUGUGGGAUGUAACCAGCAAGCAGUGUCUACGCACCAUCACCCUCAAAGGUCCAGUGACCAACGCAGCCAUCGUUCUGGCUCCACCCAGCAUGCUAAGCCCCGACUUCAGGCCCAGCCUGCCGCUCCCUCACUUUAACAAGCACCUGCUGGGUGCCGAACAUGGCGACGAAGCCCAGGGUGGGGGCCUGCGCAUGCGACUGGGGCUGCACCUGCAGGGUACAGAGCCAACCUACCAGGAGCAGCUCGAGCAGCUGCAGGCUGUGCUCAUGAGCACCAUGGAGAAGAGUGUGCUAAGUGGCCAGGACCAGCUGCUGCCAGUGCGUGUGUCAGAGCUGGAGGAGGAGGUGCGCAACCUACGCAAGAUCAACCGAGACCUGUUUGACUUCUCCACUCGCAUUAUCACGCGGCCAGCCAAGUGAUGGUUUCUUGGGUGCUGGAAUGCUUUUAACAAACGAUGGACAAAG